AUGGAUAGCUCUCUACCACCCACCUUGGGACUCAGUUCUGCCCCUGAUGAAAUUCAACAUCCACAUAUUAAAUUUUCAGAGUGGAAAUUUAAGCUAUUCAGGGUAAGGUCCCUGGAAAAGGCACCCGAAGAAGCUCAAAAGGAAAAAGAUUCUUGUGAGGGGAAACCCUCCCUAGAGAAAUCUCCAGUGAUCCUGGACAAACUUGGUGCCCAGCAGUCAGUCCUGACUCAGCCAGCAUUGAAGCCCCAUCCCAAGUUUUCAAAGAAAUUUCUCGAUGAUGACAAAGCAAGAGAAAAAGCAGUUCACCAAGCCAACCUGCGACACCUGUGCCGCAUCUGUGGGAAUUCUUUCAAAACUGAUGAGUACAACAGGCGAUACCCGGUCCAUGGGCCUGUGGAUGCAAAAACCCAAGUCCUUUUAAGAAAGAAGGAGAAAAGAGCUACUUCCUGGCCAGACCUCAUCGCCAGAGUUUUCCGCAUUGAUGUGAAGGCAGAUGUUGACUCGAUCCACCCCACUGAGUUCUGCCACAACUGCUGGAGCAUCAUGCACAGGAAGUUUAGUGGGGCCCCACGUGAGGUUUACUUCCCAAGGAAUGCAAUUAUGGAGUGGUGCCCCCACACGCCAUCCUGUGACAUCUGCCAGAUGGUCUGUCGGGGACUCAAGAGGAAGAGACAUCAUCCAAAUGUGCAGGCUAGCAAAAAAUUCAAAACUUUGCUUGUCCGAGCCAAACAAGCCCGUCAGCGCAAGAGGAGAGCUCAGGCAAAGAUCAGCAACAGAAGGGAAGUCAUGAAGAAGAUUGCCAGCUGCGGUAAGAUACAUCUUAGCACCAAGCUCCUGGCAGUGGACUUCCCCACACACUUCGUGAAAGCGAUUUCCUGCCAGAUUUGUGAGCACAUCCUGGCUGAUCCUGUGGAGACCACCUGUAAACACGUGUUCUGCAGAAUCUGCAUCCUCAGAUGCCUCAAAGUCAUGGGCAGCUAUUGUCCCUCUUGCCGCUAUCCGUGUUUCCCCACCGACCUAGAGAGUCCCGUGAAGUCCUUCCUGAGCGUCUUGAAUUCUCUCAUGGUGAAAUGCCCAGCAAAAGAGUGCAACGAAGAAGUCAGCUUGGAAAAAUACAAUCAGCAUGUCUCAAGCCACAAGGAAUCAAAAGAGACUUUUGUGCAUAUCAACAAAGGAGGCCGACCCCGUCAACAUCUUCUGUCGCUGACUCGGAGAGCUCAGAAGCAUCGGCUGAGGGAGCUUAAGAUGCAAGUGAAAGCUUUUGCUGACAAAGAAGAAGGUGGAGAUGUGAAGUCCGUGUGCCUGACCUUGUUCUUGCUAGCACUGAGGGCAAGGAAUGAGCACAGACAAGCGGAUGAGCUGGAGGCCAUCAUGCAGGGGCGGGGCUCUGGCCUGCAGCCCGCUGUUUGCUUGGCCAUUCGCAUCAACACCUUCCUCAGCUGUAGUCAGUACCACAAGAUGUACAGGACAGUGAAAGCCAUCACAGGCCGGCAGAUUUUUCAGCCUUUGCAUGCCCUGCGGAAUGCCGAGAAGAUUCUUCUGCCAGGCUAUCACCCCUUUGAGUGGCAGCCCCCCCUGAAGAAUGUGUCAUCCAGCACUGAUGUUGGCAUUAUUGAUGGGCUCUCUGGGCUUUCAUCCUCUGUGGAUGAUUACCCAGUGGAUACCAUUGCCAAAAGGUUCCGCUACGAUGCGGCUUUGGUGUCUGCUCUGAUGGACAUGGAAGAAGACAUCUUGGAAGGCAUGAGGGCCCAAGACCUUGACGACUACCUCAAUGGCCCCUUCACGGUGGUGGUCAAGGAAUCUUGUGAUGGGAUGGGGGAUGUGAGUGAGAAGCACGGGAGUGGGCCUGCCGUUCCUGAAAAGGCAGUUCGUUUUUCAUUCACCAUCAUGAGAAUUACCAUAGUGCACAGCUCCCAGAAUGUGAAGGUGUUUGAGGAAGCCAAGCCUAACUCUGAACUGUGCUGCAAGCCACUGUGCCUUAUGCUGGCCGAUGAGUCCGACCACGAGACCCUGACUGCCAUCCUCAGCCCGCUCAUCGCCGAGAGGGAGGCCAUGAAGAGCAGUGAGCUCCUGCUGGAGAUGGGAGGCAUCCCCAGGACCUUCAGGUUCCUCUUCAGGGGCACUGGCUAUGAUGAAAAACUGGUCCGGGAAGUGGAAGGCCUCGAGGCUUCUGGCUCAGUCUACAUUUGUACUCUUUGUGAUGCCACUCGCCUGGAAGCCUCUCAGAAUCUUGUCUUCCACUCCAUAACCAGAAGUCACACUGAGAACCUGGAGCGCUACGAGGUCUGGCGCUCCAACCCGUACCAUGAGUCAGUGGAAGAGCUACGGGAUCGAGUGAAAGGGGUCUCGGCCAAACCUUUCAUCGAGACGGUUCCUUCCAUAGACGCGCUGCACUGUGACAUUGGCAACGCAGCUGAAUUCUACAAAAUUUUCCAGCUAGAGAUAGGGGAGGUGUAUAAAAACCCCAAUGCUUCCAAAGAAGAAAGGAAAAGAUGGCAGGCCACCCUGGACAAGCACCUCAGAAAGAAGAUGAACCUGAAGCCAAUCAUGAGAAUGAAUGGCAACUUUGCGAGGAAGCUCAUGACUAAAGAGACAGUUGAGGCGGUUUGUGAGUUGAUUCCUUCCACAGAGAGGCACGAAGCUCUCAGGGAACUGAUGGACCUUUACCUGAAGAUGAAGCCUGUAUGGCGGUCCACAUGCCCAGCUGAGGAGUGCCCAGACUCCCUCUGCCAGUACAGUUUCAAUUCCCAGCGUUUCGCUGAGCUCCUCUCUACCAAGUUCAAGUACAGAUACGAAGGCAAGAUCACCAAUUAUUUUCACAAAACUUUAGCACACGUUCCUGAAAUUAUCGAGAGGGAUGGCUCCAUUGGGGCCUGGGCUAGUGAGGGGAAUGAAUCUGGCAAUAAACUGUUCAGGCGUUUCCGGAAAAUGAAUGCCAGGCAGUCCAAGUGCUACGAGAUGGAAGAUGUCCUGAAGCAUCACUGGUUGUAUACUUCCAAAUACCUCCAGAAGUUUAUGAAUGCUCACAAUACGUUAAAGAACUGUGGGUUUCACAUGAGCUCAAAUGCAACCUUAGCAGACCCAUUAGGCAUUGAGGACUCUCUGGAAAGCCAAGAUUCAAUGGAGUUUUAA